CUCCCCCCUUUACCUUCUCGAAGAUCCCUAAGCAUUUCUGCCCCCUUCCGCCUAGCCAACUGUUCCCCUGACCUCGACCUCCCUACCACCGAUCUCCGCGCCAUCUCCACUCAUCGCUCACCAUCUUUCUUCCGCUGUCCCAUCUCUGUCCCCAGGCACCUCCCAGCUUCCCUAGCCUCCUCCCUCCACUCCUUCUCCUAUGACACCUCCCUCCGCCGCCUCACCGACGUGUGGCUCUUCCGCCUCCUGAACCUCACCAACCUCUUCGUUGUCGGCGCCCCCAUCUCCACCAGCGACCCCGCCAUCGUCCUCUCCCAGAUGCGACGCCUCCGCCCGGCAGAAUCAAGCUUUUUGGCCGUCGUCAUCUCCGCACUAUUUUUUUAAAUUUUUUUUGCCAAUCCGAUGCAGUUUUUGCAAUGAAACGGGGGAAAUCGAAGACAGAUGCAUCCAAGAAGUCAAAACAAGUGGUUGCUCAUUCAUGCUGGGAUUUGAUAAUCUUAGAAGCCAAAGUGUUGCUCCUCCUCAGUGGACAAUGAGAAACAAAGGUGACAGGAACCGCAUACUUCUAUGAAUUUUAAACAUGAGCAAAGAGAUAUUGGGACGUCUUCCAAAAGUUGUUGGGAUAGACAUAGUGGAGAUGGCUCUCUGGGCAAAGGAAAAUAAUACUGCAGUAAGCAGUCAAGUUAUUACUCAUGGUGGUCAAGACGCAUCUGGUUUGAUUCAAGGUCACUCACAAGUUACUAUCGAAAGAGAUCUUGUUUCACAAGCUGAAGAAGAAGAUAUGGAGGCUCUCCUUGGCACGUAUGUUAUGGGAAUUGGUGAAGCAGAAGCAUUUUCAGAAAGGUUAAAGAGGGAACUUCUGGCUUUAGAAGCAGCAAAUGUUCAUGCACUUGUUGAAUGUGAAUCCAUAAUAGAGGAGGAUAAAGGUCCUUAUGUUGCUAAAGCAGCUAAAUUGAAGACGGAGUACACUAAGAAAUUAGCUAUGCACAAUAAGAAUCAGACAUUGAGUGUUGUCCUGGAAUUCUGGAAAUCCUUCUCUCAUGUCCAGACAUUAGAGCUAUGUGAAAUUUUUAUUCUCUGGUUAAAGUUCAUACAGUACUUACUACAAUUCUCUUUUUUUCUUAUAUUUUAUAUUUUUCUUUGCGUGCAGAGGAGGUGAGUUUGUAUUGGGGAUAUUUCUCUUUAUGUUAACUAGUGUGCUCUAUAUCUUAGUUGUCAUUCAAGCUUAGCAACUCAUAUUUAGUUGUACCCUAGCUUCUUUCUGAAUUUGUCUGAGCUAAUUACUUGUGAAAAUGUUAACUUUAUUCUUCCAUUUGUUUUAAAACAACUUUAAACAUUUUAUGCCUUAUCUUAAAUUUACUUAUUUCCAAACCUUUGCCUGGUGUUAUAAUCAUAAUAUUAAUAUUUUUACUGGUUUAACACUUUAGAAUUACUUCAAAUUUGUUUUUUUUGUUUGAAGCUCUAUGUUCCCUUUCUACAUUAGAAGUAUUUACUUGGUAUUCGAAAACAAGGGUGAAAUUGAUGAUAUUAUCAUUAAUAGGAUAAAAGAAUGGAUGCAAGAAAUAUAUUGUGAGGUUCUAACCAUUGGAAUCCUUGUAACUUUCCAAAGCACUUUAUGAGUAACUCUUCUAUUCUCUCUGAUGCUUCAUUGGCUUGCUCCAUUAAUUGUUACAUGUUAUCCAAUUGUUUUCUACUUGGGCAAUUGAAGUUUUUUUCCCCAUUACACAAGCGUUCUCUUCUAUCUUUUUAUUUGACAUAUAGUGAAUAACUAGCAUUCUGGGUGAAAAUAUCUUAUUAGUUCUGCUCAGUGUUAGAAUGUGUUAUGUUAGCACUUUCAUGGUCAUAACUAUAGAAGAGAGGUCUCCAAUAUGUGACUUUGCAUUUGACCUUUCAGUGUUUGUUGGAUAAGUUUUAUGGCAUUGUCAACCUUAAAGUAUCAUGCUUUGGUUUGAAUAUGCCAUUGGACUAAAUUGAACUCAAUGAAGAACCAUAUGAUUUAUAUGAUUGAGAUCGUUGCAAAUUGCCAAAUAGCUAUGGAUGUUAUGCAAUUUCAUUUCCUUCUAUACCAGUUGCUAAUUUUCAAUAACAUGCUGCACAAAUAAGACAACAAUAGUGCAAAACUAAAUUGUAUCAUUAAUCCGUAUGUGUUUCAGUAGGUUAAGAUAAUUCUUAUUCGCUUACAUGUAUAUUUUAUCUUUUAAUGUUUUUAUAAUUUGUUUAUUUUUAUCAGCUCCUACAACUUAAUUCUGCAGAUUUGAUUGUCAAGGGAAAUUUGUAUACUCGGUCACGUGAAGAUGCAACCAGUAAGUUGCUGGAAAAGGUUUUAAAGAUUCAGUUGGGAAGAGGAUUUUAGCUGACAUAUUUUGGAUUUUGAUUACACAGCUAUUAUUCUCAUUUUGAUGUGUGUAGUUAAUUUUCAAAAUUUGAAGAUAACAUUUUC